AUGGGAAGGAAGUCGAGGAAAGACAGUGAAACUCCCUGCAAGGAAACGUUUGAGCCCCUACCUGUUGAAAGUAAAACUCCAGCAACAGCGGUGUUGCUGCUGAACUCCCCAGAGGAAGACAUACUUGUUAAAGCAUGUGAAGCUAUCCUGACAUUUGCAGAGAAAGGAGAUGAGAAUAAGGCUUCUCUGCUGGCACUGGGGGCUUUGGAGCCUCUGUGCAGGCUCAUUGUUCACAACAACAAACUAAUCAGACGCAACGCUUUUAUGGCCCUGGGCAUUAUGGCCACCAACGGUGAUGUCAAAAGUGCUCUGAAAAAAAGAAAUGCCAUUCGAUCGAUUGUUGAAAAACUCUCGCCUGACGAAGACACAGUUGUCCAUGAGUUUGCGACACUUUGUCUUGCCUCUCUCUCGGUGGAUUUUGUUUGCAAAGUCCAGAUCUUUGACAACGAUGGCCUUCCACCUCUUAUCCAGCUCUUAUCCAGCCCAGAUCCAGAUGUAAAAAAGAACUCAUUAGAAACCAUUUUUAACCUAGUUCAGGACUACCAAAGCCGUCAGGCAGUACAAGAGUUGGGUGGGAUCCCUCCACUUUUGGAGCUGCUUAAGUCGGAUUUUCCUGUUAUUCAGAAUCUGUCUUUAAAGACGCUGCAGAGUGUCACCACAGAAAAAAUUGCACGUACUACUUUCAGGGAAGAACAGGGAUUUGAGAAACUUAUGGAUAUCCUGAAUAACAUGGAUUUCAGUGAUCUACAUGCUGACGCCUUAGAAGUGUUGGCUAACUGUUUGAGCGACAGUGACACUGUCCGGCUGAUCCACCAAAGUGGCGGACUGAUGAGGCUGAUUGAAUUUGUCCUCACCCCGAACGUGCCUCACAUUCAGUGUACCACAGUGAAGUGCCUCGCCAGAAUGGCUAUGAACACCGAGAGUUGCACCGUGCUCCAUGAGCAGGAAGUAGAAAAGGUUUUAGUAGAGCUUCUGACGGUGGCGGAUGUCAGCGUGAAAACAUCUGUUUGCCAGGCUGUGGCCGCCAUGGGUGUCUAUCCGCCCAGCAAAGGCAGCUUCAGUGAACUGGGUGCUGUCCCAGCAGUGAUAAAGUUACUCAGCGGCGACAGCUUGGCGCUGAGAGAGGUGGCUACCCAGGCCCUUUCAGUCCUCACACAUGGCAACGAGCCGUGUGCCCUUGCAGUUUAUGAGUCUGAGGGCCAUGAGAUCCUCAUCCAGCAGCUGUGUGAAAGCUGCCCAAGGACAGUGGCCAGUUCUGCCGCCACUCUUUGCAACAUGGUUGGACAAGAGAUCAUCCGAUCUAGCAUCUUAUCACUUGGCAUUAUAGAGGCUCUAGUUGAACCGUUGAAGUCCACGCAUACUCAGGUCCUGGUCAGCGCUACACUGUGUGUGGCAAUGUUAGCUUGUGAAAAGGAAGCCAGGGAAAAGUUCCGAACAGCUGGAGGCCUUCAACCGCUAGUCACUCUUCUGCAUUCCAAUGACAAGGAGGUGCUGCACAACGCGUGCUUUGCAGUGAAUGUUUGUGCGAGCCAUUCACCCAGUGCUGUGGACAUGUGCCAAUAUGGAGCCUUGGAAAUACUUCAAGAAAUCAGCCAGUCAGUGAAUCGAAGGAACAAUUUCAGCGAGUUGGCCAUGACCAGCCUGCUAAACUCCAACUUAUCUGCUAAAUACAGCAUGACAGGACAUUUGUCCCCAACUGACAUUAUCACCAGCAUCUUCUACGAUCCUGGGAAGGCUCGUUUAGGUAAGAGGAUUCUAACUUUAGAAGAACUGAUCCAACAGCCACUCAACCAGCAUCGAGCCAUUAUUCUUGUCAGCGCAACUACAAUAGAGACAAGAGGUGCAGCAGAAGAGAGGCGAGGCAGCCGAUCAGAAGCAGACACCAGCAACAAAAAAGACAGAAAGACACCAAGAAAGAAGAAAGAAGAGGACAAACAGAGAGAUGAAAGUCAGUCUGAGUCUCAAAUUGUGAGACCACAGAACAUGAAUGAGGAUGUCUCUUUGCAGAUGUUUAUUAAAGAGGCCAGGGAAUCUAUUCUCCUUAUCGACAAUGAACAAGAGCAAUGUGCUACCCUUGCCAGGUUAGUGAGUGAAGCCAUGGGCGGAGCAGUGCCAGUGGAAAAGCUGUAUGAGUUCUCAUGGACGCUGCACCUCAGUCAGCUCAAGUUUCAGCUCAAGUCUAAUGUUGUUCCCAUUGGUUUGAUCAGAAAGGGGAUCUACUGCCACAGAGCCCUUCUAUUCAAGUGUCUUGCUGACUGCAUAGCAUUGCCCUGCUCUCUGGUUAGAGGGGAAUACAACCGGGCUUGGAACGAGGUUCUUCUCUUCAGUCAUGACAACAGUCGGAGUCCGUCACAGCCCAGACGCUUCAUAGUGGAUCUCAUGCACCAGCCCGGGAACUUGUUGGCUGUCAACACCCCUGCGGCUUUGCAGUAUCAGAGUAUUUAGGCUUUUGUUGUCUCAUGUGUAUGAAUGAAUUUCAUUGCCUACUAUACAUGUUGGUUAUAUGACAGUACUUCUAAGCACAGAAUAAAGAAUGAUUUGCAUGCAGCUGUGGACUAUUUUCAUGCAUGCAGAAGCCAAAUGUAAUGGUAACUGUCCCUGAAGGUUUGUUUAUUAGACAGAUCUA